AUGGGGAGAGAGCUGGUCGGCACCUUUAGGGUCCCUGAAGGUGUGAAAAUGACCUUUGCAACGUAUGUGGAGUUUCUGACUGACCGCUUUCUUCCAUGGUACAAAAAGAAGAACCGUGCUUUCCGAAACAAAAUCAUCUUCAUGCACAACAAUUCACCAUCUCAUGCUGCAAGGAAUACCUCUGCAUCACUGGCUGCUAUGGGCAUAAAAGGAGAGAAAGUCAUGGUGUGGCCCCCAUCCUCCCCUGACCUCAACCCUACUGAGAACCUUUGGAGCAUCUUCAAGCAAAACAUCUAUGAGGGUGGGAGGCAGUUCACAUCCAAACAGCAGCUCUGGGAGGCUGUUCUGACAUCCUGCAAAGAAAUUCAAGCAGAAACUCUCCAAAAACUCACAAGUUCAAUGGAUACAAGAACUGUGAAGGAGAAUAAAAAUGUUUCUAUUUCUUCUGUUUCAGACAAAACUCCUCAGGAUCUGCUGAAUGGUGAUAAUGUGACUGUGAAGCCAACAGAAGCUACUGCAAGUCAAGAGCAACCUGAAGCUGUCCCAGAUUCUACUGCAGCAUCAGGUUCAGACGACAGCGACAGCAGCAACAGCGAAGCUGUCCCAGAUUCUACUGCUGCAUCAGCUCCUUCAGAUGACAGCGACAGCAGCAACAGCGAAGCUCCGACAGAUGUUUCAACUGAAUCACCAGCUGCUUCAGAGCCCUCAGACGCAGACAGCAGCAGCGCUGGAGCUGGUUCAGAAGACCCCAGCAUAGACAGCGCCGACAUCAGCAGCCUUGAAGACAUUGAAGAGGCUGAUGAAGAAAAAGACGCCAAAGACAACGACAGCAGCAACAAAGCUGAUGAGGACGAAGGAACCGACAGCAGCGAAGACAACGGCACUGAUGAUGUGGAGAUCAAUGAAGGCAAAGACACCGAUGACAGCCCUAAUGAUGGCCCUGAUGACAUCACCGAUGACGGUCCUGAUGACGGCACCAAUGACGGUCCUGAUGACGGCACCAAUGACGGCAGCGAUGACAGUCCUGAUGACGGUCCUGAUGAGAGCCCUGAUGACGGCAGCGAUGACAGUCCUGAUGACGGCCCUGAUGACGGCAGCGAUGAUGGUUCUGAUGACGGCACUGAUGGUGACGCCAAAAACAACAGUGAUGACAGUACAGAAGGAAAAGUCGACAGCAUUAAUAGUGAAGAGAAUGAGACAGUGGAGGGUGUCGAAGGAGCUGAGGUAGAGGAGGAUACAGAGGAGCAGACAGGGCAGGAGGGGCAGCAGGGGGAGAAGUCAGAGGAGGAGGUGAUAGUUGAUGUAGAGGCAAGCGAAGAUGCAAGUCAGGUUCAGGAUGGAGAGGAUACUGAGGAGUCAGACAAGGAUGUGAAGAGUGAUGAAAAUAAGGAAGGAGAUAAAGAAAGCAAUAAAGAUGAGGAGAGCUCAGAGCAGGCCACAGAAGAUAACGUAGAGGUUGAAAUCACAGCUGAUGAUGAAAGUCAAACUAAAGGAGAUGAAAGUAGUGAGAAUGUCAGUGAUGAGAACAAUGACACUUCGGAGUCCGUCUCAGAGGAGGAGAACGAAGCAGAAGAUGAGGAAGAAAAACAGGAGGAUGAGAAGGAGGAGAAGGAGUCAGAGGAGGAGGAGAAGGAGUCAGACGAGAACAAGGAGCCGGACGAGGACGAAGAUGAGGACACAGAGGAGGAGGACAAGGAGCUAGAGGAGGUGGCGAUGGUUCCAAACCCUGAAGACUCCACUGAAGCGACAGCGUCUGACAAACCGGACCAGCUUGAUGACACCACACAGGCUUCGAAUUAGAUGCUUAUCGUGUGAACUGUGGAAGCUCGAAGACUUCAGAGCCACGCGUCCACAGUGGAAUACUGUUGCCAUGACAACAACCUGCUAAAUGCAUCUGAACCCCCCCACCCUGUUUGUUUUCCCGCCUGCAUCCUGAUUGGCCGUCUGUCUCUUCCUCCUCUGGUUGCCGUAGCGAUAAACCUGAACUCUUCCACCAGUCGCCAGCCGGCGUCGCUGUCAUGUGACCUUUAACGCUCUGCAGAAACAUUAAACUGCUGCUGAUUUCACAUUAACGUGUACAUACAGUCCAUCGUUUACUGAUUUUUAAGAGGAGCCGAGGGACGAGCACAAAGUCGCUAAUUGUACACGGACGAAGUGCUAAUAAAGUUUGAACUGUCAGAA